AGAAAGUAACCAAAGCUGAUUUCUAACAGUUGCUCAGCCUGAAGUUGCAGCUUUUUUGUCGCGAGUGUGCUGUGUUGUUUUUGGAGACUGAAAGUGGACUGUAUUUGUAUAUAUCGGUUUUAAUUUGUUUAAUUUGAAGAGUAGAUGAAGGAUAAACUAUGCCUCGAAAUCCAAACGACAAAUAUGACCAAUCCACAUCAUCGUAUAACGUGUCGGGAGUGCAACGAAAGACGACUUACAUGUCUGCUGAAGAUCAAGCCAGUGGAAAGAAAUCCACAUGGACUGAGCUUGAGAUAACAGGGGUUAUUCAUAAUCUAGCUCCCAGCUUGUUUCAAAUGGCUCAUUUGACAGGGCUAUUUCUAAAGAGCAACUCAUUGCACCGAAUCCCUCCCGAAAUUUGCCAAUUGAGCAAUCUUCGAAAUCUGGACCUGAGCCACAAUAAAUUGCGGUCGCUGCCAGCUGAAUUAGGGGAUUUGAUCCAUUUAAGGCUGUGUCACCCUACCUUCCUUAAUGGCCUGUGGCAUUAUCCAUGUGUCUUUACAGUUCCCCAAUAUCCUCAUUCUUUUAUUUUGCAAUGUGCGUAUUAUUCGGAAUUACAACUUGGAUACAAUCUGCUUAGAAUUCUGCCUUACGAGCUCGGAAAGCUCUUCAACCUGAUGACUUUGGGACUGACCGGAAAUCCACUGAGCAAGGACAUUAUGAGCUUGUACAAUGAACCGAAUGGGACGCAUCGGUUGCUCACAUUCAUGCUGGAUAACUUGCAAGUUCAUACGCCGAGCCCGCCGCCUCGGCCCUGGAUUCCCUUAGCCAGGCCCAGUUCAAACCGGCCAGCCUGUAUUUUCACUGUGAUGUGCUACAACGUUCUUUGUGAUAAAUAUGCCACCCGUCAGAUGUACACGUACUGUCCGAGUUGGGCCCUGAACUGGGACUAUCGGAAAAAGGGCAUAAUGGAUGAAAUCCAGCACUAUGCAGCCGACAUUAUUAAUCUACAAGAAGUGGAAAUGGAACAGUUUUACAAUUUCUUUAUGCCCCAGCUCAAGGCCCAUGGCUACUACGGAAUCUAUUCGCCUAAGUCGCGGGCAAAGCACAUGGCCGAAUCCGAACGGAAGUUCGUGGAUGGUUGUGCGAUUUUUUUCAGGACAUCCAAGUUUACUUUAGUUAAGGAACACUUGGUCGAAUUUAAUCAACUUGCCAUGGCCAAUGCUGAUGGUUUGGAACACAUGCUGAACAGGGUGAUGCCUAAGGACAAUAUUGGUCUGGCGGCUCUUCUGCAGACCACUGCCAAUGCAUGGGAAAAUGCUCCUCCGGAUGCGCCAUUCGCAUGCCAACCAGUUUUGGUUUGUACUGCACAUCUACAUUGGGAUCCAGAAUAUUGCGACGUGAAACUGAUCCAGACCAUGAUGUUAAGCAACGAACUGAAGAGCAUAUUAGAGGAAUCGGUACAGACCUUGCGAGCAAACAAUGUGAAUAUAACGGAUCCAAGCAACAUCCAGUUGGUGUUAUGUGGCGAUUUCAAUUCGUUGCCCGAUUCUGGAGUAAUCGAGUUCCUUGGUACGGGCAAAGUGUCGCAAGACCAUCAAGACUUCAAGGCGUUUAGCUACAAGGCCUGCUUGGAGAAGGUUCUUAGCUGUGAUAAACCGAAUGAAUUUACGCAUUCCUUCAAACUGGCAUCGGCUUACAAUGAUGAGAUAAUGCCGUUUACCAAUUACACAUUUGAUUUCAAAGGCAUCAUCGACUACAUUUUCUACGCAAAGAACACCAUGACUCCGCUAGGUUUGCUCGGUCCGAUCUCUCAGGACUGGAUCUCACAGAACAAGGUGAUUGGCUGUCCGCAUCCGCACGUCUAUUCGGAUCACUUCCCGCUAUUGGUCGAGUUGGAAAUGGUUCCAACGAUAUCUGGCCCAAUGAAUGGCAUUAUCAGGUAUACGGGUAGCAAUUGGCGGAGGUUUACUAAGCGGACGUAACCAUUGUCGCCUUCUCAUCGCUGUACCUGUUGGACGAGACUGGUCACACGCCAUCAGACCGAACUGUUUUCAUCCUUUACCACCUAGUAAUCCUUCGCGGUGUACAUUUUGGCUGUACAAAACAAUUAAAAAUGUAUCGCAAUUUCAUUGUAAAUAAAUUGGUACCUGACGGCCUCACAAGCAAAUCAAAACACCCACCUUGUAGCAGGGUGGGUUGGUCGCAUGGGAAUGGUGCAUAUCCGGGAAACACGCACACAGACCAUGUUCGCUGUAUUGAACUGUUGAGGUUUCUGUGAUUUGUAUUCAGUUUAUAUUUGUUUGUUUUAGAGUAGAGCCUAAGAUAGACGAAGCUGCUAAACUGGCGGAAUGUUGGGGUGGAUAUUUAAAUCGCUGAUCGAAUCCAAGCCAAGCGCGACACCAACACGCACAUGCUCAAAGGUAAAUGCAGAAUGCCGUGGUCUUUUGCGUUGUUGCUUAAGACACAAAGGAACUAUCAGUUGGUUAAUUGAAAAUUUCCUAUUUAUUUUGCUCAGUUGUUUCUGGCGUAAAACCUUUUACGUUCAAGUCUGGACAUCCAGCCAAAUCCACACUUUCGUGUUGCUCAAGCUUGCCCCUGAGGAUCGCAAUCUAAUUAACGAGUUUUGGGAAUUCGGUAUGAUUUUGAGCUGCUUUUUCAGAAUUCAUAUUUAAAUGUUGGGUAGUUUUUUUUUAUGCUUUUUUAAACGUUGUCUUUGAAUAACUAUUCGAGUCUUCUGUUUAGUUAAGUUGUGAAUUUGGUUCCAUUCGAGCACGUGGUUCAUUCAGAAUUAAAUUGUAUCUUCUAAUGCGCGUCCCUAAAGAACCGUUUGAGACUUAAAAACACGGAUAUCAGCAGUCGAUGCAAGCAGGUUCCGCUUACACCAGAUGUGAGAUUGGUUCCAUUCGAUAUAGUGAUUGCGUCAAAAUUAAUUUUUUAAAUUUGGAUUAUGUAUUGUUUUUUUUUCAGUUUGCAUCGCGCUUUUUAGAAGGUCGUUUCUAAAAAAAUAUGUUUGUACACGUAAACAUCAGCAAUCGAUAGAGUUAAAUUGGCAAGUGAAUUCAGUUCCAUUUGAGCAAAUGGUUUCUGCAAAGUUUGACAUUUUCUUGGACGGUUUUCUCUAUUCGCGCCACGCUCUUGUAAAUCUCGGUUCUAAAAAAAAUUAAGUUUUAGAGUGAUCAUCAGCAAUGGAUACGGCAAACUUCAGUUGAUUUGUAAGGUGAACUUGGUUGCUUCUGCUAGUGGUUCUUUCAUAAUUACUUUUUGAAGUUUUGAUUUUUUUACAUUUGCAAGAACCGUUUAAGACUUAAAAGCACGGAUAACAGCAAUCGAUGCAGGAAGCUUCAGUUAUGGGUUCUUGAAAAAAUCAACGUUAGGAAUUUCUUUCUUCUAAAGCUCGUCUCUAAAAUAUUUUUCCAGACCUACGAAAGUGAACAUCAGCAAUCGAUAUGGGCAACUUCAGAUGAUUUGCGAAGUGAACUUGGUUGGGUUUGAGCAAGUGGUGCUUUCAUAAUUGAUUUCUGAAGUUUAAUUUUUUUUGGGCGGUUUUUUGUAUUUGCACCACGCUCUUCUACAGUUUGUCUCUAAAUAACCACCCGACACUUAAAAAGGCACACAUCAGCAAACGAUACUUGAGCUUAACUUAACUUCUAGCACGUGGGUCUUUUAAAAUUAGUUUUAGAAGUUUGGAAUUUUUUUGCCCGAUUUUUCCUUUCUGCAUUAUGCUCUUCUAAUGGUUCUAAUCGUAAAGGAACCGUCGUCGCUAAAAAUGUCUUUGAUAUGUGAAAAUGUGAGCAUCAACAAUCGAUACAAAAAGCUUCAUUUGGGUACGAAGUAAGUUUGGUUCCAUUUGAGCUAGCUAGUGGUUCGUUUCAUAAUUGAUUUUUGAAGUUUUCUGGGCAUUUUCUUGUACUUUCCAAAACUUUAUUUUGCUCCUCUGAACCAACAACCUUCGAUAUCGUAGUUCAUCAAUUAGCAGUAGAUAAACCGAGCUUGAGUUUAUUGAGUUUUGGGCAAAACUGACUAAAAGAGCUCAGAGUUCCGAGAAAACCGCCUUUAAACAUCCGCCUUGGACGUUUUGUCUGCCGCUGUUUACAACAAAUGUUUCGCAACUAUUUGGCCUUGUUUCCAAUGUAGAACCCGCAUCAUUUUCCGCAAAUCACCGAAUUGCUUGUAAUUUGUACUAUUGACAAUAUUGUUGCCCAUUUAUCGUGACCUGGCACUGCUUAAACAGCCACCAUCAUGGCAAUAGAAGAUUCUGGAUGUGAAUGCCGAACGUUUCCUAACUGUAAUUGACUUUAGUUUAUUGAGUUUAGUGAUAAUUUGUGAUUAGAAAGGCCAUUUCUAAGCAGCGUGCGUGCGUGCACACAAAGACAGUCCUUUUUAAUUCUGGUCAUUUAGGCAUAAAGUAUUUUUACACCUAACGCUAUCGAUAAUUAUUUUUGUACUGAUUAGUCGUUUCGGUUCGAGCGGCCAAUGGAAAAGCCAUCGUCAAUAGUGGUGGUUUCUCCAUGGUCACGCCAGUGCAAUACUGUCAGAUCGUAUGGUAUGGAAGGUUGACUAUAAAUACUACCACUGUGUCUGUAAACAGUUCAACAUCUCGUGGUGGAUUGCAGUUAGAUUAGUUUCAGUUGCAUAAAUGAAGGAAAUUUCGAUUUUUCAUGUCAGAAAUUUCACAACCCGCCCGCUAUUUGAUUGAUUAUUUAGGAAUCAACUGUGAUACUGUGAUAUGUAUUUGUUGUUAGUAUUUAUAUUAAGGUUGUUUACUUUUUACCGAUUAAUUUGUAAUUUUGGAAAAGAGCACGCGAGUGUUUUAUUGUACAAUUUUUGCAAGUUUCUGAUAUAAAAAAUCGGAAUGCAGGCAGGCCUACAGCUAAACCUCCUCUGCUUUUCAGUGUUUAUGAGAUUUAGGUGUGUUUCCUCCUUUUCCCGUUAGGUACUUAAAUUUUUUAGGAAAUCGUUAAUAUAUGUAAUUGUCAGAAUGUCGGCAUUUAUCGAUCUCAGAGCGCCUGCAGCCAAGGCUGGAGGCGCCCUGGAUACGUCUGAAAUGUAUACUGAAGAGUCAACAGAUAUAUAGCGGAUUUACAAUAAGGCAAAGUUUCUAGUAGAUUUAGUUGAUUGACUGUUAUGGCCCCGAGACUCAUUUUUUUUUCGCGUUCUCACGCAACUCGUUUCAAUUCAAUUGCAUAUCUUCUGAUCUCAAACUUUGUCUUAUAUAUAGGUGUUUAUUGUUCAGUAGCGCUUGUGGUAUCAGACAAUGGUUUCAAUGAGGUUUAAGUUAAUUAUUAGAUCUUUGUGUAUAGUUAAUAAAGUGAACUUGGACCAUGUA